AUGAAGUUGUAUUUAAUAUUAUUCAUUUUCAAAUUCUUGUCUAGUUCCUUAGCUCAGACAUUACCAAAAUUAACCAUUGAUGAAUUUCUUAAUUCAACCUAUUAUUCAUCAUUAAGUCUUUCACCAAAUGGUCAAUAUUUACUAGUUCAUAGUAUGCGUCCUGCAUGGGAAUCAAAUCGAUAUGACAAUACACUAUGGCUCUAUAAAACACAAGGAGGACAAAAGAAACUAAUUACUAAUCAACUUUCUAGAAGUAUUACACCAAAAUGGUCACCCAGUGGUAAUUGGAUUGCAUUUUUGGUCAGUACAAGUACAGAAAAUAAACCAACCGACAAUCAUCAUCAUUCUGGAUAUUCAAACAAAAGUGAUUCAAAACUGAUACAAUAUCUUCAUCUGUAUAAUAUUAUUUCAGAAGAGACUGUAAUGAUUGAUAUUGUAAGCGAAAUUCCAUUAGCUAUAACAUGGGCAGAUGGUGAUUCUUCUCUUUAUUAUGUUUCAAUAUCAUUAUCCAAAGAAGAAAAUAAUUCUUCAGAAUCUGAAUGGAAAGAUGUAAUUCGAUACCGCCAACGAAAACCGACGGAUAGUAGUACCAUUUAUCGUAUUGAUAUUAGUAGAAAAAAACGAAGAGUAUCUGUAAAAAAAAUUACUAUAGCUGAUAUUGACUUUUUGACUGCUGAACUCUUAUUUGUUCCAGUUGAAAAUAAACUUGUCUUCACUUCUCUAUCAACUAUUGUUGAAAAUAAAGAUGCUUUCGAAAUCUAUUCAAUUGAUUUACGUAAUGUAUCUUUAUUAUCUAGAUUAACAAAUAACCAAGCACUUGAGCGCAAUCUACAACUGUCAAUUGAUGGUAAACAUGUGUUUUUUAUAGUAGAUUCAUCAAUUCUGAGUGAAGAUAAAAAUGUAAAUACACAAAACAGACUAUAUUCCAUCAAUUUAAUCAAUGGAAAGAUUGAACGUUGGGGUAAAGAUUUUGGUGGAAGUAUAAGGGGAUAUACGAUUCGAUCUCAAGGUGGUGUUUAUAUGCUUGGUCAAUUAGGAAUCAAUGUUGAAAUUUAUCUGCAACAAUCGUCAUCAAAAUAUUCGAUUUUACAACGUGGAUGGACGGGAACUUAUCACCAAAUAUCAUCUUCAUUAUCAACAGAAUCGUCUGCCAUUGCAUUGGUUUAUUCAUCUGUCGAACGACCAGAAGAAGUUUAUUUUGUUAAUCAUAUUGAUCAACUAUGUUUAGCUAAAGCUAUCACUUCUGAAAAUCAACUUCUUACUCAAAGAAAUUUACCUCGAGCAAAAUCUUAUAAAUGGAUCAAUAACGAAGAUGAUCGUACAAUUGAAGGAGUUCUACACUAUCCACCGGGAAAAUUUGAAUGUAAAAAUUUGCCUCUUCUUGUUCUGAUUCAUGGUGGUCCAAUCGAUGCAAGUCUAAAUAUGUUACAAGCAAACUGGUACUCUUGGGCUCCAUUAGCAGCUACACAAGGUUGGUUAGUUCUUGAACCGAAUUAUCGAGGUUCAACUGGAUAUGGUGAUGCAUUUAUCAAUGAACUUCGUUUCCAAUUAUUAUCUCGACCAGGAAGAGAUAUUCUCGCAGGUGUGGAUCGUUUGAUUGCAGAUGGUAUUGCUGAUCUCAAUAAGCUGGCUGUUGGAGGUUACAGUUACGGUGGAUAUUUAACAAACUGGUUGAUUACACAAACAACUCGUUUUAAUGCUGCUUUGUCUGGUGCUGGACCGACUGAACAUAUUUCUUUUUGGGGUGGUACGGAUUUGCCUGCGCCUCUUGUUGAUUUAAUGGGUGGAUUUCCAUGGGAAGUACCCGAAAUUUUAUAUAAUGAAUCAAUUAUAUAUAAACUAGGUAAGGUAGAGACUCCCACACAUAUCAUAACUGGUACAAGGGAUAUUCGGGUUCCAUUUGAUCAAAGUUUUAUAUUAGAACGUAGUUUACAUUAUAUGAAUGUACCUGUGAAAUUACUACUUAUUCCAAACGAAGGACACUCAAUUGACAUCAAUCCAUGGCAUGGAAAAAUCAAAGUUCGAGAAGAAAUGAAAUGGCUCGAAAAAUAUGGACAAAUACCAAUAAAUAGAGCAACAGAGAAAACAUCAAUAAAAUAA